UGGCUCCCGGAAGUGGGGGGCGGGUUGGCGCAGGGUUGUCAUGUUGUCGCAGGACAGUAAUGAUGACACUGAAGACGUCUCACUGUUUGAUGCAGAAGAGGAGACAACCAAUGGACCAAGAAAAUCCAAAAUCAGGCACCCCGUGGCAUCCUUCUUCCAUCUGUUCUUCCGGGUCAGUGCGGUUGUGGUCUAUCUCCUCUGCAAGCUGCUCAGCAGCAGCUUUAUCACCUGCAUGGUGACAAUUAUCUUGCUGCUGUCAUGCGACUUUUGGGCAGUGAAGAAUGUAACAGGUAGACUAAUGGUUGGCCUACGUUGGUGGAAUCAUAUUGAUGAGGAUGGGAAGAACCACUGGGUGUUUGAGUCCAGAAAGUCAACGCCUCAAGACAACAAAACAAUCUCUGAGGCCGAGUCGAGAAUCUUUUGGCUAGGACUCAUCGCCUGUCCAGUCCUGUGGGUGAUCUUCGUCUUUAGUGCCCUCUUUUCCUUCAGAGUGAAGUGGCUAGCUGUGGUGAUCAUGGGUGUGGUGCUGCAAGGUGCCAAUCUAUAUGGUUAUAUCCGGUGUAAAGUGGGCAGCAAGAAGAACUUAGCCAGGAUGGCUACAUCGUAUCUUGGAAAGCAGUUUCUAAGACAAAACACUGGAGAUGGUCAGACUUCAUGAGUAAAGAUGAAGACUGUCAUGGACUCUGGGCACAAUGGACAAGAUGCUUGGUGUUUACAGCACAGUCUGUUGCAGAGUGGGGUGUUGUGUUUGUUACUUAGAAGCUUAUUUAAAAGAAGGAAACCACAUGGGGCUAGAAAGUCUGUGUUGUCUGGAAACAGUGUCAGAGUGUGCCUUGGGUGUAUGUCUGUAAGACAGUCCUGUAGCAGCAACAAGUCCCAAAUCCACGUGUCCUUUGCACACAUGAGUGGACCUUCGCAUCUUGAUCCAUAGACUGUAGGAAGGGGUGUUCAGUCUGUCUCGAGUUCUGUGUUUGCAUAGCAUUCCUGUAUAUGGUUUUUGGGGGUAAGUUUUGAUUCAGUGGUAAGGGUGAACAUGUUGGUUUAUGUAUGAGUUAGAAACAGUUAUUAAUUUUAAUGUGUUCUUUAUGGUAAGGUUCCUUAUCUUAGACUUGUAUAAGCAAGUAAAAGCUAAAUUUGGGCACUAANGCUAACUGAUUUCUAAAAUGUUGGUUUUAGUUGGUAAUAAGUCAUUNACUCAAGGUCUAUUUGACAUAAGUGGACCUUUGUAGCUGUGGUGGAUAUACAGGGGCUGCUGUUGCUGUGUUUCUUUGUGACCAUAGAUCUCUCUGGAACUGUCUGAAAUCUCUUAGUGGUCUUUUCAUUAAGUUAAUACUACCCUUUAAUAAGAAUAUUAUUCUUAUGUAAUAAUGAGAAUAAUUGCUUAAGUACUUAGCAUAAUAAAUGCCUAUAAAACAU